UUCUUUCUUCUUCUUCUGCUUCUUCUUCUUCUGCUGCAAGUCUCGUUCCAAGUUGCACCGCCCUGCACCUUGUUUAUGUCCCAUUCCAUAUUCUCCUCCGCCGCGACUUAGUGUAGACUGCAUCAAGCAUUAGCCGGCUGCCACGGUAGCACUCCCAUUAACUGGGGCAGUAAGUUGUCAUAGUUUGUGAUUUUACCUCGAGCAUUUAAGUUGGUCGCCAGCCAUGUCUUGCUGGUUUAGAGUGGUGGCGUUAAAGUGCCACCUUCGACCUAGAAAAGAUCUUUUGCGCUGCUGUACACGAGCACCUGAUCUGGAAUUCAAUUGCACAGGGGGGAAUCGAGCUGUGUAUUACUAGUGUCUGUCCACGCUCUUAGGGACUGCGAAUAAUCUACGUAAUCAGUCAAUAAGGAGCUUGAAAUGUCGGCCAGGGUCCAGAGCGUAGCAAUUCAGAGAAAGAGAGAGCGAGAGCACGCUCGUGGAGACGAGGAUAUAAGGUGUGAUGGCGAAGUGACUGGAACACCCGAUGUCAGUGGCUAAGAUCCUACCCAAGACAGUACUAUUGAAACCCAGGGAUCGAAGCAGGGAUCUGAGGGUUCAGGCGGCGGCUGUUUAAUGGUUGCAGGAGGUUGUGGUACAUGAUAAAACAUCAUCAGGACAUUUUCUAUUUCCAAGAAGACAAGGAGUAGUAUCAGCAUGGCAGCUGAAGCGCGUUCAUAGUAGUUCAUGCUCAGUCAGUAGGGUGUGUUGACGAUUGCGACACUGAAGGCUUGGGAUAUUGUCAUCCAUCGUAGCAUGGACCGUGCAGACGAGGGUAACGAAGAAUAACAGGAUGAACAUCACUCUUCUCAUGUUCCUGAACAAACCUCGUGGAAGAGCUUGAUGGGAUAGUUCUUGAAGCGUUGGCAUGUGCAGGCCAAUAAGUUUGAGAUUUACAUGCAGUAUAUGCACUAUCUAAUUAUUGUGGGAACUGCGGUUGAUUACAUGAGAUCACACAGUCUCCGUGAGUAUGCCAGGCUUUAGACAAGAUUGUUACCCAAGGGAAAUAAUCCACCUAGUUCUUCCACAACUUGUCCAGGAAACUUCCAGUGUGAGUGAGACGCGUCUCUCCCUUCAUCAAGUCGCAGACGUUUCAGCUUGCAGGAGAUUGAUUCGAAAAUACCACAAUCCAGGGAUUCAAGGCCUGGUGCGGAACCAUCGAGUUUUGUUUGCACUGGUUGCAGAUGAAUGACGUGGAGUUCCUGGCAAUCACAAAGUAAGAAAGGUGAAUUCGUCAAGUUAUGAACAACUGGCUCACGUUCACCCCACAAUCUCUUCAUUUUGCACUUGACGCCCUGAAACAGCAGGCUGAUCCCGUCAUCCACCGGGCUGGUAGUUCAAUAGCCUGAUUUUGCCAAGUAUGUCUCAGAUCCACAGCAGCAACUUAGGCGGUUUUCAAAACUCGGUGAACGAUUGUUACAAUUCUCUUCGUAACAACGGCGAUGGUAGAAACAAAAAUUCUGGCCACGAUAUGGAGAUGAUGGGGUCAGAAGGGUCCCUUAGCAUUAUGGAGGCCCUCCGCAUGUCGCCCAGUACAGACCAUUGGCCGCAGACGCGCGCAAUGCAGUUGGAUGGCGGAAUCCACCAGCACGCCCUUGUCACGGCCGAUCAGCUGCUGCGGUCCGCGGGAAAGAGAGGUGUAGGUGACCAGCAGAUGACGAGUUCCCAGUCCCACUAUGACAUGCAGAAUAACGCAGUGGAGACCCGCGAGGAUCCGAAGCUGGAGGAUUUUUUGGGCGGAUCCUCCUUGGGCGGGCAGUAUUCGAACCGUGAAUCGCAGCAACAGCAGUUAGACUCCAUGUACUACAACGUCGGAGCCCCGGGCUCAACCUUCACCCGCGACGCCCAGUCGCGUAUCAACGUGAACUUGCCGUACUUAUCGCAACCACGCAGUGAUACUCUCCACGACGUCCCGCCGUCGUUUCAAGUUUCUUACGGUAGGGCUCCCGAUCAAUCCUGCCUCUCCAAUCCGCACAACUACGAACACCCAAAUACUCGUGCGCAGCUAGAGUUCCAGGAGGGCAAUUUGCUGCCAGGAACCAGGUUGCACCCGCAGAACCUUCUUCAAGCGACGCUGGAUCAAUCUGCGACAGCGGAGUUGCUGUCCGAUUGUGCCUUACAGUCUCCUUCAGGAGGUUCACUGAACACAGGGAGCGAGGACUAUAAAUUGAAAAUGUGGCUAAGACAUCAAGCGGCCGUUGAUAAGAGGAAACUCGACGGCUUGGCCAGUCUGCAACCUCUAACUCUGUCCAUGAGCUCCGGCUCCCAUGAGACCAACAUCUCUAACGCAGUCCAAACCGCCGGAUUAUUCUUAACCACCGAUUGCACUGCCGUGGCCGAGCCUCGCAAGCGCGGCGCCGGGCGUUCUGGCAGGAAGGAGCCAUCCCCCCGCAAGUCCAUCGAUACCUUCGGUCAGAGAACAUCUGUGUUCAGAGGCGUCACUAGGCAUCGUUGGACUGGACGGUACGAGGCUCAUCUGUGGGACAAUACUUGUAGAAAGGAAGGUCAAACUCGCAAAGGUCGACAAGUAUACUUAGGAGGAUAUGAUAAAGAAGAAAAGGCAGCCAGAGCCUACGACUUGGCAGCGCUCAAAUACUGGGGUCCCAGCACCACCAUCAACUUUCCGCUUGGUACAUAUGAAAAAGAGCUGGAGGAGAUGAAGAACAUGUCUCGGCAGGAGUAUGUGGCCUCGUUGAGGAGGAAAAGCAGUGGCUUUUCGAGAGGAGCAUCCAUGUAUCGAGGGGUGACGAGACACCAUCAGCAUGGGCGAUGGCAAGCACGCAUUGGGCGAGUCGCGGGAAACAAGGACCUUUACCUGGGCACUUACAGCACACAAGAGGAAGCAGCAGAGGCCUACGACAUUGCCGCGAUAAAAUUCCGUGGAAUCAAUGCCGUCACAAACUUCGACAUGUCUCGUUACAAUGCUGCAAGGAUUCAGCAGGGUUCGUUGAAUGUCAACCACGGGCUAGGGGCAAUGAAAGCGGCGAAGGAAACUGAAUUGUCGACAACUAUGAUCUCGACGCCUUUGCAGUCCCGAGGUCAGACCCAGGCAGCUCAAAUGAUCAGGCACAGCCAGAUCGACGAAGACCAGCAGAUGUGUACGCAUUCUACCGGCACACCAGGGAGUCAGAUGACCAGUGAGGUGCUGUCUGGUCAAAGUGGGAUGUCCAAAAACCCCCACGAGUGGCAGAUGUUGUAUCAGCAACAGGCCAGAAACAGCUGGGGAUCAUGUCCGCAGGGUGAUAGCCAGCAAGGCUGGUUGGGAUUUGGCGUGGAUUCGAUGCGAGCUCCCAGUACGCAAUCGAAGUUCCCAGCCCCCACGAACGGGACGUCGCUGCGGAACUUGAUGGGAUUGGAAGCACUCCCGCAGGAUCGUAAUGCAGGAGCCGGUGAGAGCUCCUGUUCGGCUAACCAGGCGCUGAUGGGCCACGGAAUGCAAAGCUCCAGUAGCAUGAUCAGCUCGUCGGGUUUCCAGGGCGGGAGCUCGGGCGUGUACCAGGACGGCGAUGGUAGGGCUUUGAACUCGCCACCAAUGAGCAACUCGGCCUACCCACAGCAGCAGCAGCAGCAGCAGCAGCAGGGGAGCCUCGACAGGGGAGCAGUGGAUAGCCCGAAGAAUUCGGUGGAUGAGAGCGAGGAAGCGAGCUCGAAAAGCUCGGGGUACGAUCCCGUCUUGCAGGGAGACCUAUCGCGGAGCGGAAUUUUGUACUUGUCGCCAGGGUCGGGAUCACAAGGGAAGAUGGCGAACUAUGUAGAGAGCAGCUCCUUGUCGCCGUGGAUCGGCAGCAAUUCCACGACAGUACAGGGGCUGACGGAGCGGUCCAACUUGAGUAUGGGUGGGCACAUGGGGUCCGGCCCCAUUUUCUCGCACUCAUGGAACGAAUGAAAGAGGGCAAGAGUGACAGCUUAGAGGGGUAGCAGACGAGCAGAUGGGUAAUGGUGCCAUUGCAACAGGUUGGCCACUGCAGCCAUUCCAAGUACUGGACGGAGGGAGGACACGGGCACUGACUCAGUGCCUUUGGCAAUUACCCUGUCUGCAACCAAUAGCAGGGAGGUGGGUUCUAGCAUUAGCGCAACAGUCCCACAUAUGGCAAGUGUUGAUACAAAAUUAUGUGGUACGACGGCCCCCGACCUUAACAUUGGCGGCAUGUACAAUUGAUCGAUGACAAUGAUGAUUUUCUGCCCUUGCGUGAGCGGAAACAAUUCAUUUCAUGGGCCCAGUUAGUAGGAGGGGAUUCAUUCCCAGUACGAUAAGGACGACAAUGUUUUUGGUCAGACUUCUUUCCACACCCCCAAUCUCGUUCCGCCUGAUGCUCCUCAGCCCACAGAUUUCGAUGGUCCGUGUCCCAGUCUGUUCCCGGCAACUGGUGUCUCCAGUUGCAUGGAUUUGCUGCCGAGACGGCUAUGCUGAAGUUAAUUCUCCCAGCACUUCAGGACUUGGCAAAUGAUCUGAUGGAUGGGAGCUGAUGGUGGCAACAGACUGGGUCCAGGUGAUGCUGUAGCUGGCAUCCAAGCAAGAGUUGGACAGGCAAUGAUUAAUCAAACUUAACCAACUCUAAGACUAUCACAAUGAUCCGAGCGGGAUCGGACUGUGACUUGCUGUGUGGUGGAGUUAGUUAUCACACCGCGAGGUUACACGUGCUUACCCUAAAACCUAGACCUGGUCACGUUCGUAUUGGAUUGGGGAGCAACAGAAAGUCCUUAGAAUGCUGAGCUGCUUCCAAUGCAUGAAGUCGGAGUGUGUUUCAGUUACUGUACAGAGGUGCUUAAUUGUUUAAGGUUGUGGCAAGACCUUCUGUAAAUGCUUCCUGAGAGAAAGACUGAAGCUUUCAACAGUGCGGGGACUUAUCAUUAUAGUAGUAGUAGAGAGGGUGGACUGCUUGUAUUGUGCAGCCCUUACAAAUGCUACAACCUGAACUCUAGCUGCAGAUUCUUACUCAUCACCGUGUGAGCGUGCACAUGCAAGCCCCAGCCUUUGCAUGUGUGGACAUUGCCUUUCAUUUAUUAGCAUUAGUUUCUAUCGUUGGCCGAGGUUUUGUUGAUGAGCGAUGUGGGACAGGGACCAGAAUGUUAGUAGGCUUGUGCUUUGGAUAUACCACAGAUGGGCGCGCAUGUCUUAAGUUUGCAGCAAACCAAGGGUUCGUUCCUAUGAUUUCCUCUUCUUUGUAGACUGUGAAUGUAAUAGUUAAAGUCAUUGUUGUAAAUAUGCACAUGGGCAGGUGACUACCAUGCAAACAAUGCUGAAUGUAGAUGGAUUUAUUAUUCUUUUUUAAAUAUAAAUGCUUGCAAGAUAUUGUAAUUAGCAA